AAACUGCCAUAAGAACAAUUAAGCGUUCGUUAAACUCUUCCCUCUCAACGAUAAGAAGUAAUUCCGCGUUCAUUGAAUCGCCGUUAAAGGCUUCACGGUGUUCGGAACCGAUUGAACCGGUGACGAACGUUACAGGCGUGAAAGGGCAUUGGUUAGGUCCUAAGAUAUGGAAAGGCAAGCAAGCACAGGCUAUUCUGCUACAUGUUCAUGACAUAGGAUACGUAUCUUCACCAUCCGGAAUUCAAUCGCUUUGCUACCUAUUAAGGACACUACGCACUAAGCAUGACAAGCACGUGAGAAUAUUUGUUGUCGAUCAUGCUCUUGCUCCGGAGAAUCCAUAUCCAAAUGGAUUGUGUAGCGUCAAACGCGCUUAUCGGUGGCUGACCGCGAGCGGGAUACCCGGGUCGCAGAAUGUUUUUUUGUGUGGUACCUCGACGGGUGGGACCCUCAUCCUAGCUCUCUUACAAAAACUCUACACUACCUCCACAUUACCUCGACCUCUUGGCGUCAUCUUAAUAUCUCCCUGGGUUGAAGUAUCAUGUGAUGCCCUAUCAUAUUUCACUAACUCAAAAUUUGACAUCUUGACUACAUAUUUUUGUCAACUCGCAACAAGGAGUUACCUGUUCGGCGAAGAUGACAACUCAAUUAAUGGGAAGGAUAUUGAAAACUUUCAGAAGGAUCAAAGGGAAAUUGCUGCAUGGUUGGAAGGAAUUGAGUGUGCAUCCAAUUCUAUUGAUGAAAAGAAAAAUGUUGAGAAUAAUGAAAAAAACGCUGAAUGGAAACAUGAAGUAGUGAACGUAAAAAAUCACAGCGGUGAGGACAACAAGCCUAAAAAGAAAAGACGAGGUUCCAGAGCAUCCAGAAAUUCCAGGAAAUCCAGAAAUACUGGAGGUUCACGAAAACCUUCAUCUUCCGAAACUGAAAGGAAAACGGGUAUGGCUAGUGCCCGCUCUUCAUUAACAUCGGUCGCCGAUGAAGUACAGAAAGAGAAAAAACUCGCAAAACGCGCUAGCACUAUACGGUUUUCGGAUUCAUUGGAGAUACACACACAAGCGGAUCUGGAUGAUAUAGCAAAUAUUAAACGUGGAAGUUGGAUACGAAAAA